AUGGCGAAUAGGAAUAGCGUUGAAAUAGGAGGUAAUGAAAGGAAGAAAGAAGGCUCUGAGAAGCCGUACGUGACGCUAGAAGCAACUUCAACCAUAGCCGUGGGAGUGAAACCGCAUGAGGAGGAACGAGUAAAGGAAGACACAGAGAAGGACGAAGUGACGGACGGAGAGGACAAUAACCCUUUUUCCCUCGUGGAAUUGGUGCCGCUGCUGAUGGAGAGGGCUGCCGAAGCCUUCACCAAGGUGGUUACGUCUCGAGCAGGCGGGCUGAUCGUCCUCAACGUCGUCACCAUGCUCUACGCUACCAACACCACCAUUGUCAAGGGAGCAGAGGAAGCCGCAGGAGGGCCGCUGCAGUUCUGUCUGGGUCGCUUCGCCAUCGCGGCACUCGCGCUCUCUCCGCUGCUCCCGGCCGCCCUCUCCAACCCCGCCGUCCGCCGCUGCGGCAUCGAAAUGGGCCUCUGGACGUCGCUGGCAUAUCUCUCCCAGGCCUUUGCGCUCAUCACCACUGGCGCUGGGCGCGUUUCCUUCAUAAGCACCUUCACUAUGAUAGAGGUGCCGCUGGUGGCGGGUCUGCUGGGGGCGCGCAUCCCUCCCCUCGUGUGGGCUGCCACUGCCUCCGCCGUUGCUGGCGUUCUCCUCCUCGAAGCCAACUCAGAAGCCUCCACGCUGGUGGGGGAUGGCCUGGCGCUGGUGAGCGCCGUGGCAUUCGGGCUGCUCAUGGUGCGCUCGGAACACUUUGCCAAGACUGUGCCCGCCACAGCAAGUCUUGACCUCAUCGCCCUGCAGGUGAAGUGA